AUGCUCCUUAGCCAGCUGGCCACUCUCCUGACCCUGCUCAGCGGGGCCCAGCUGCUGGCAGGCUGGGGGAGACCCCAGGGUCCCCCACCUCGGCCCUGGGCCACUGCCAACCAGACCGGGACUCUGGGCCUCAGGGCCCCGGUGGCCCCAGUACCAGCCUCUGCCCUUCGCAGCUGGAAAGCCUUCCUGGGCCGGCAGAAAACCCAGUGGCUGGGGACAGAUGGGCUGCCAGGGGGGCAGGAGGUGGCUGCCACCGUGUCUCUGCCACUGGACCCACAGGAAGUGGCCCAGGAGACGUGCAAAGCCGCGCCCUUUACUCAGGUCAUCUCCCGCCCUGGCUGCACAACCACCCGGGUCCGCAAUCACCUGUGCUUCGGCCACUGCUCUUCCUUCUACGUGCCCGGCUCGGACCCUGCCCCGCUUGCCCUCUGCAACAGCUGUGUGCCCGCUCGCCGGCGACAGGCCCCCGUGGUCCUAUGGUGUCACACGGGCACCCCGUCCUCCCGUUGGCGGAGGGUGAAGACGUCCGCCGUGGUGGUGGAGGGGUGCCAGUGUGGCCCGAAGCCGUGAGCCGAGCCCCGUGGAUGGACAAACAGACACAGAAAAGGAGACAGGCAGAGACGGACAUGACCUGGGUGUC